AUGGAAAUAAUCUUCGCAUCCGAUGCCGACAUCUUGCGCCAUAUCGAUAUUGACAUUGAUAUGUGGAUCCAGCGUCGACCAUCACUCUUUGAUCCCGAUAAGGAUUUUCGCCUGCUCGAGCAGAUCUUCCGCCACGGCGUCGACUUUAUCAACUACCAGUCGGAAAACAUGAUCAAAAAGGAGCCAUUCCCGCUGACGAAUCGAACAUGGGUCGAUCGGAUUGAGCAUCGGAAAGUGGUGGCCCAACUCUAUUGGUGUGACGGUGAUACAAACUUUGAAACGGCCGAGAAUCUGAAGACCCACUGCUCCGAGUCUUUCCAGCACAUUACAAACUUCAUCGAGCACAACCGCUUCAAAAAGCGGAAGAGCUAUAAAUAUGCUGUGCUGUUCGACUUCGCGUCGGGCGGUGUACCUGGCGAAGUCGCGGCUUCAAUUCUGCUCGCCCAGCUUGCAAAGUAUUUCACCGUUUCGAUGUGGAUUUCCAUCAAACAGUUCGUCAUCCGCGUGAGCGAUCACCGAGAAAUGGAUAUCUUCAGGAGGUUGCUCAGGCUCGAGAAGUUGUCAGCAGAUUUGGAUGCUGAUGGCUUCACCCUCGGCAUGGCGCAGCUUGCCGAAUUCGACCACAUGUACGCCGUUCACUCGCCCGUCGUCAAGCAGUACUUUCGUUCGAGACCCCGCGAACGAUCGGCGUCGAUGCUUCGCAGGGUGAUGCACGGGAUUACGGCUGGAUUGGUAUCCGAAAACCCGCCGCCUUCCAACUCGGCCAGGAAAAAGAGUGGUCGACAGCGCAGGAUGUCCGUACCUGAACUCCCGGAAAAUAAAGUCAUCCAACCGGCACUCAGCUACAAAAGGAAGCCGGAGCUGGAGAGGAACAACUCGGUUAAACAAUUACUCCAUCGCGUUGGUGCAGCUUCACCGUUGCUGAGCAAGCGAUUUUUGACCCGCAGGCGAGACAAAUCGGAAAGUCCUCGCAACGCCGUCCCGCUCCAAAAUUCGAUUGAAAGUACGGUAGACUGUGCCGUAUCAAUUCUGCCGAAUGAGCUCGAAAAUAGUAACCCUGGAGGCCCUCCGUACUACAAUUCACUUGAAGACGGUCGGAAACUGUCGGUGCGUAUGGCCCGUCCGCACACUCCUAUUGACGGUCGU